ACUGAUCAACAAGAGAUGGUUCCAAGUAAGAAGAGUGCUGUUCUUGUGGAUGGGGUUGUACUGAAUGGCCCUACAACAGAUGCAAAAGCAGGAGAAAAAUUUGUUGAAGAGGCCUGGAAGCUAAUAAUGGAAGAGGUGGUUUUGAAGGCUACAGAUGUCAAUGAGAAGGUGUGUGAAUGGCAGCCUCCUGAACAACUGAAGCAACUUCUUGACUUGGAGAUGAGGGACACAGGCGAGCCACACCACAGGCUGCUGGAACUCUGCCGGGAUGUCAUACGCUACAGUGUCAAAACUAACCACCCAAGAUUUUUCAACCAGUUGUAUGCUGGACUUGAUUAUUACUCCUUAGUGGCCCGGUUUAUGACAGAAGCAUUAAACCCAAGCGUUUAUACGUAUGAGGUGUCCCCAGUGUUUCUGUUAGUGGAAGAAGCGGUUCUGAAGAAAAUGAUUGAAUUUAUUGGCUGGAAAGAAGGGGAUGGAAUAUUUAACCCAGGUGGUUCAGUGUCCAAUAUGUAUGCAAUGAAUUUAGCUAGAUACAAAUAUUGUCCUGAUAUUAAGGAAAAGGGGCUGUCUGGGUUGCCAAGAUUAAUCCUUUUCGCAUCUGCAGAGUGUCAUUACUCCAUGAAGAAGGCAGCCUCCUUUCUUGGGAUUGGUACUGAGAACAUUUGCUUUGUGGAAACAGAUGGAAGAGGUAAAAUGAUACCUGAGGAACUGGAGAAGCAAGUCUGGCAAGCCAGAAAAGAGGGGGCAGCACCAUUUCUUGUCUGUGCCACCUCUGGUACAACCGUGUUGGGAGCCUUUGAUCCUCUGGAUGAAAUAGCUGACAUCUGUGAGCAGCAUGGCCUCUGGCUUCAUGUGGAUGCUUCUUGGGGUGGCUCAGCUUUGAUGUCAAGGAAGCACCGCAAGCUUUUGCAUGGCAUCCACAGGGCUGACUCUGUGGCCUGGAACCCACACAAGAUGCUGAUGUCUGGCAUCCAGUGCUGUGCUCUCCUUGUGAAAGACAAAUCUGACCUUCUUAAGAAAUGCUACUCUGCCAAGGCAUCUUACCUCUUCCAGCAGGAUAAAUUCUAUGAUGUCAGCUACGACACAGGAGACAAAUCUAUCCAAUGUAGCAGGAGAGCAGAUGCGUUCAAGUUCUGGAUGACCUGGAAGGCCCUGGGUACAUUAGGCCUUGAGGAAAGAGUUAAUCGUGCUCUUGCUUUAUCUAGGUACCUAGUAGACGAAAUCAAGAAAAGAGAAGGAUUCAAAUUACUGAUGGAACCUGAAUACGCCAAUAUUUGCUUUUGGUACAUUCCACCAAGCCUGAGAGAGAUGAAAGAAGGACCUGAGUUCUGGGCAAAACUUAAUCUGGUGGCCCCAGCCAUUAAGGAGAGGAUGAUGAAGAAAGGAAGUCUGAUGCUGGGCUACCAGCCCCACCGGGGGAAGGUUAACUUCUUCCGCCAGGUGGUGAUCAGCCCUCAAGUGAGCCGGGAAGACAUGGACUUCCUCCUGGAUGAGAUAGAUCUACUGGGUAGAGACAUGUAG